AUUCGCUACCAUGAACGUCGACCCUAUAACCGGCGCGCCUCUGCCCGCGACGGCAAUCCAGCGCAUCCUGUACCUCGCGCCCAAAGUGCACAUCUACCAGAUCCCGCCCGCGACCACGACAAAAGGAUACCAAGCGUCGACAUGGACCGCCAACAACAACCAGCUCCAGAUCUUCACUGCGCGGUUACGCGUGGUCGAGACGUCGAUACCGAGUGCGAGCGAGAAAUCAGGCAACAGCAACAACAACAACAACAACAACAACAACAACAACGACGACGAGGACGAAAAAGUCACGACGACGAUACUCCUCGAAGACGCCAAGACGGGCGAUUUGUUUGCCGCCGCGCCGUACACGAGCGAGCGGACGGUGGAGCAAGCGCUCGACAGCAGCCGCUUCUUCGCCAUCACCGUCGUAGGCGAGGGCCGCAAGGCCGUGCUGGGCAUGGGCUUCGAGGAGCGCAGCGAGGCCUUUGAUUUCUCCAUUGCCCUGCAAGACGCCCGCCGCGUGCUGGGCUUUGACUCGCAACAUGGCAGUGCAUCGGGCGCGGCAUCGGGCGCGCGCUCCUCCUACUCCUCCUCCAAGCACGGCGGCGCUCACGCCACAUCCAAUAACGCCAUGGUUGGCGCCGACGCCGCAAAGCGCGACUUCAGCCUCAAGGCUGGAGAAACAAUAUCCAUUAACCUCGGCGGCCUCAAGGGCCGCCGCUCCCGCAGCCAUGAGAACGACAAGAAGACCGAAGAGGAGGGCCGCAAGAGCGAUCAAGAUGCCCUGUUUAGUAUAAAGCCGCCGCCCGGCCCAGGAGGCGCCUUCUUGCCCCCGCCGCCCAGCGCAAAGAGCGUCAAGGAGGAGCGGAGGCGGAGCAGGCAGAACUUUGACGCUGCGAGCUUGCCGCCGUCGAAACCUACGGCUGAGGAUCUAGGCUUUGACGAUGGCGAGUUUGGCGAGUUUCAAUAGGGGGGUUUUUGUUUGGCAUAGACCCCGAACGAAAGGGGGUUCGUGGGAAAGGCCAUUGUGUGUAUGUGUG